AUGACUCACCAAACACACGCUUAUCACAUAGUUAACCCAAGCCCAUGACCACUGACUGGCGCGCUCUCAGCGCUUUUACUAACAUCCGGCCUCAUUAUAUGAUUCCAUUUCAACUCCUCCCUCUUACUUAUUACUGGCCUAACAUGCAUACUCCUCACAAUAUAUCAAUGAUGACGCGACAUUGUACGAGAAGGAACAUUUCAAGGACAUCAUACCCCCGUAGUACAAAAAGGCCUUCGAUAUGGAAUAAUCUUAUUCAUCGUAUCAGAAGUAUUCUUCUUCCUCGGCUUCUUCUGAGCCUUUUACCAUUCAAGCCUUGCUCCAACCCCCGAACUAGGUGGCUGCUGACCCCCUACCGGAAUUCACCCUCUCAAUCCACUCGAAGUCCCAUUACUAAAUACAUCAAUCCUACUAGCAUCAGGAGUCUCAAUCACAUGAGCCCACCAUAGCCUAAUAGAAGGCAAUCGCAAACAAAUAAUCCAAGCAUUAUCAAUCACAAUCCUCCUCGGCCUCUACUUCACCAUCCUACAAGCCAUAGAAUAUUAUGAAUCCUCAUUCACUAUUUCAGAUGGAAUCUAUGGUUCAACCUUCUUCGUAGCUACAGGCUUCCACGGCCUACAUGUAAUCAUUGGUUCAACAUUCCUAAUAGUCUGCCUUCUACGACAAUUUAACUAUCACUUCACAUCAACCCACCAUUUUGGCUUUGAAGCAGCCGCCUGAUACUGACACUCCGUAGACGUAGUAUGACUCUUCCUAUACGUAUCAAUCUACUGAUGAGGUUCAU